ACUAUGACGUUAUUAUGGACAGACUGCCAGACCGAUCGUUCAGCACUAAAAACACGACAUAUUUUUACGUUUUGUGUAAUCAGACUAAAUGUUCUACUACAGCUGAUACCUCACCACCACGAACAAUAGACCACUCCAGAAAUGGAGGAAGAGGCUAGCUGCCCCGCCCUGAUGGCAAGCAACUCCGAAGGUUCCCGGAAAAGUCGCCUGACCGGCAACUCCGGAUCCAGUACAUCGAUCAAAUGUCGAAUCUGUCAACUCACAGAGUCGGAGACUGGCGAGCCCGUAAAGACGUCCGACUGCCGGUGUAAAAGAGACCUUGCGAGUGUGCACCGAUCUUGCCUCACUGACUGGGUGAACUACAAAGGGAACAACACGUGUGAAGUAUGCAAGGCCCCGUUCGCGAACGUACCCGCCCCAAUCCUCACAGAAAACAUAGACGGCGAACAGACGAUCAUGACUGAUUUGAUGCGGGAGUACGGCCGACUUCAUCCGAUGACGUUCCGGAUAAGGGCGAUACUACUUUCCAUGCUACUAUUCACGUUGCUAAUAAUCGUAGCCGUUGGGAUCUUCUUGUUCGUACUGAUGCCGGGGAAAGAAGUGGAUGAUCAGCACUUUAAUAAUCUAACAUUCCCUUUUUUAUUCUCCAUUCUUUGCAUCAUGGGAGUCAAGUUUACUUGUAUUGCCAUCCUCUGGGUCACCAUGGAAAUAUGUUUCUGUCAACGACGUCGAGCGGUUCACAUCCUUGCCAUUCGAAUAGCGAAUCGAAACACUGUUUUUCCUUUUGAAAUCAGUGGAAAUAUCAUUGAAAUAGAACAAUAAUAAAACGACAAAACCACCUUGUUGUUAUGGUGGGAUAUUUGAGCUUAUCCUCACCGAUAUGUAGUAAUCACCGAAAUUAGCAAAGCGACCAGCAUUUAAAUAUGUUGUUCCACAGCAAACAAUGGUGUAAAUCUAUUUAUAUCUAAUACGAUUCUGUUCUGAUAUGAUUUUAGUUGGUGAUGCUUCAGAUUGUGAACUGACAUAUACAUUCUUCGAAAGCUUUCAGGUGUCCUUUAGUUGUUUGGCUGUUAGACUGCUAGACCCGAGGGUGUGAGAAGAAUUACUGGGUGGCGCAGGGAGGGGGAUGGGGAUUGACACAAAGAUCAAUUAAAAUGUUCCAGAAUUGCACCUAAUAACUUACUGCCUAACGACAUUAUUAUUAUUAUUAUUAUUAUUAUUAUUAUUAUUAUUAUUAUUUCUAUUAUUAUUAGCAACCAAAUAAGUAAUAACAAUAACAAAAACAAAAACAACAACAACAA